CUGAGUCUCAGAGCCUCGGCGCGCGCGGGGCAUUCGCUGCUCGCUGCCACCCCUCCUCAGACUCCACGCUCAAACUCCUUAAAUAUAACUAAGUAAUUACACAGGCAACAUGUUCUACACCCAUGUGCUUAUGAGUAAACGAGGGCCAUUGGCUAAAAUAUGGCUUGCAGCUCACUGGGAGAAGAAACUUACAAAAGCCCAUGUAUUUGAAUGUAAUCUAGAGAUAACUAUUCAAAGAAUUAUUUCACCUAAGAUGAAAAUUGCACUCCGAACUUCAGGACACCUUCUUUUGGGAGUUGUUCGAAUCUAUGAUAGGAAGGCAAAAUAUCUUUUGGCAGAUUGCAGUGAAGCAUUUCUUAAGAUGAAGAUGACAUUUCGCCCAGGAAUGGUUGACCUCCCAAGAGAGAAUUUUGAAGCAGCUUACAAUGCCAUCACAUUACCAGAAGAAUUUCAUGAUUUUGACACCCAUAAUACAAAUGCUAUUGACAUUUCAGAACACUUUUCUCAGAACCAAAGUAGACCAGAAGAAAUUACACUCAGAGAAGAAUAUGGCAAUGAUCUACUUUUCCAAACCAGGAGCUUUGGGGAAGAACCUGAAAAUCUCAGAAGACAUAGCUUCUUUGAUGACAACAUAUUAAUGAACUCUAGUGGUCCUUUAGUUGAACAUAGUUCUGGAAGCCUCAUUGGGGAAAAUUCUUUGUUCUUUGAAAAUGGAGAUGGAUUUGGAGAUGAAGGUGCUGCAGGAGAAAUGAUUGACAAUCUAUUGCAAGAUGAUGAAAAUACUCUUUUAGAAGACAUACAUUUGAAUCAAGAAAUUUCCAUGCCUCCAGAGCUUCCCAGUAGUAUAAUAGUAGAACCAGGUAAUCCAGAUGACCAGUAUCUACCUGAAGAUGGAAAAAUGAAUGAAACAUUAUUAUCAAAUGAAGAAGAAGGAUUUACUCUUGACCCAAUUGAUAUUUUAGACAUUGCUGAGAAAAGGAAAAGCAAAAAGAGGAGAUUGCUCAUUGAUCCAAUCAAGGAGAUAAGUGCCAAAAUUAUGCAUAAGCAGCUUACUUCCUUUGUGGACACUCUCAUGGUUUUGGACCUGGCACCUCCCACACAAAGAUUGAUGAUGUGGAAGAAGAGGGGAGGAGUGGAUACACUUCUGUCAACCGCUACCCAGGAUUUGGUCCAUGUUGAACUGAAAAUGUUGUUUGCAAAAUGCUUUCUGUCUUCUGACUUUAAACUUGCAAGAAAAUUGAUACAGAAGGAGUCAGUGAAGGAAGAAGUGAGAAACCAAAACAUAGUAGAGAUCUCCAUAAGAGAAGAGACAGAUCAACCCCAAACUUGGAAGGAUAUGAUGGAUGGAUCUAUGGUUAGCUUUUAUGAGGACAUCAAUAAAAAUGUUAACUCUGAGCAGGAUAUUAUUGAAAUGGUUUCUCCAGCUGCUGAGGGAUCAUCAUCAGUGAAUGUGUCCAAAGAAAACUGUCCAGCUGAAUUGGAAUCAUCAGGCAAUGAACAAAAUACUAAGACAGAGAUUUGGAAUCAAAGAUUAUUUCAGAUAUUAAAUGUAUUACGGGAAUCCAACAAGAUGGGAAUGCAGUCCUUUAGUCUGAUGAAGCUAUGCAGAAAUAAUGACCGAAAACAGGCAGCUGCCAAAUUUUAUACCUUUCUUAUCCUAAAAAAAAAUCAGGCUAUUGAGCUGAGUCAGAGCUCUCCCUAUGCAGAUAUUAUAGCCACAGUGGGACCAAUGUUCUCUAAGAUGUGAAGGGGAUCCAGAUCAUGCAGGUUUAUGCCAUCACUGGCACUUCUGCAUAGAUUGUUCAGGGUGAUGCAGAAGCUGUCUGGAAGCAGCUGAAGGUCUGAUCCAUUUCCUAGGCAGGCUGAUACUCAUCCCUUACUGGAAGGUCAGACUAAUCAUACCAGAAUUGGAAACCUGUAUGGGGGCAGAAACAAUUAUAGUGAAGUAUUUUUUUUAACUUGGCUGAUUUUGAAUACAUGGCCUUUAUCAUUGCCCUGAUUUGCAUAUUGCAUUUAGGUUGCAUUUAGGAUACAUUUUGAAAUACAAUAUACCUCCAAGAAACAUUCAAGGGUGUUUUAAAAGUUACUUUUAAAAUAACCUUUAAAUUUCAUGGAGUUAAUAAUUAAUAUUUUCUUUUUUAAUGUUUUUAAUAACUCAUUUUUUAUUUAUUGAUUUUUGUGUGUAUUUCAUAUAGACCAUCUCAAACAGUUUUAUUCAUCUUAUAUCCACAUCUUAUUUGUACAUAGAUAAGU